GAGCACGGCCAGACGCCAGCCCCACCAGUGCCCAGGGGCUCGCCACCCGCCCUGCCCCCCGGGGGAUUUGGCGUGUGUCCCCCCGGAUGCCACCAGGACGCCCGCAGCGUUGCUGGGCUAGCUCAGAGCCCGGCCCUGCUCCCGAAGAGCUCUGCGGGCAGCCCUUGGCGUGAGCGGGCGUGCGGCCCUUUGCCCACGGUGAGAUGGCCUCCGCCACCCCGUGAGGGUCCAGACCCCCCGCUCGGGAUUCGCCGCCGCCCCGCCAUGCUGCUGGGCCCCUGGCUGGUGGCGGCAGCAGCGGUGGCGGCGGUAGCGGCGGCGGGCGCCGGGGCGGGCUGCCCGGUGCUGUGCACCUGCCGCGGGCAGGCGGUGGACUGCAGCGGGCAGAGGCUCUUCUCGGUGCCUCCCGAGCUGCCGCUGGACACCAGCAACCUCAGCCUGGCCCACAACCGUAUCGCCAGCAUCCCGCCGGGGUACCUGGCCUGCUACAGCCAGCUGCGCGCCCUCGACCUGCGCAACAACUCGCUGUCGGCGCUGCCGGCCGGGCUCUUCGCGGGUGCCCGCCGCCUGGCACACCUCGACCUCAGCCACAACAACUUCAGCCUGGUGCCGGCCGACAUGUUCCUGGAGGCCAGCGGGCUGCUGCGCCUCGACCUCAGCCACAACCCCGGCCUGCGCCGCCUGCACCCCCACGCCUUCCGCGGGCUGGCACAGCUGCGGGAGCUGGACCUCAGCUACGGGGGGCUCUCGGCCAUCAGCCUGGACACCCUGGAGGGGCUGCCGGGGCUGGUGGGCCUCCGCCUCGGGGGCAACCCCUGGGUGUGCGGCUGCGCCAUGGAGCCCCUCCUCAAGUGGCUGCGGGGACGCAUCCAGCGCUGCGCCUCGGAUCCGCAGCUGGCCGAGUGCCGGGCCCCCCCCGAGGUGGCGGGAGCCCCCCUGCUCUCCCUGACGGAUGAGAGCUUCCAGGCCUGCCACCUCACCCUGACGCUGGACGACUAUCUUUUCAUCGCCUUCGUCGGCUUCGUCGUCUCCAUCGCCUCGGUGGCCACCAACUUCCUGCUGGGCAUCACUGCCAACUGCUGCCACCGCUGGAGCAAGGCCAGUGAAGACGAGGACGUUUAGGCAACGACCGCCGUCAUCGCCCAUGUCCCUCUGCCCCAGUGGGGACCCCUGACUGUGCCUUGUCCUCGUCCCUUCCCGCCGAUCCCCAUGCUGGGGUGGCCCUUGUGACACCGGUCCAGCCGUGGCAGGGGACACUGGGGGACAGAUCCUCUUCCUUUUGCCGCACAACAAGGAAUUUUUACCCCACUCAGCA